GCGAGGCAGGCCAAGUUCCGCCGUAGGCUGAAAGCCCCUGAGUCACCCCUGAAAUCCCCUAAAACCGCCCUCCUCUUAAACGCCUCCUUGGGCACCCAUGCUAUUUCAAAUGAAAUAACUGCAAACGUCAUGAACGCAUGAUAAGCUGGUUCGAUAUUUAUCUUUUAUCGUUAUCUGACUAAGCAGGUCAAAUCAGAACAGCCAGUGUUUGUGCGAAUAACAUGAUAUGCUUUUCAUAAAUAAAUCGAACACAAAUUACGGAACCUUCAAUCUGUUUAUAGUAAGCAGGCCGAUAUCAUCCAGUGAACUUUUAUCUGAUCAUGAAAUCCUACAUAACCCUUAUGUUGCUUGGAUUAUGCCUGUCGCAAGCAGCCAGCAGUCUUCCGUGUACCAAUUACAAACCCCUUAAAGUUCCUCUGCCUGGAUCGUCCACACUGUACAUCGCUUGCAGCAGUGGGGUGACCGUUUUUCGGAGAUGUUCCAACGAGCUUCUGUUCGACGCUAAAACCAACAAGUGCAUUCAUCCAAAGGAUAGUCGUGCUCUGCCGGAACAACAGACGCAGCAGCAGCAAGUGGUUCAGUGUCCGGAUGAUUUCAACCCAGCAGCUCCGGCUUUCAUCGCCCACCCAACGGAUUGUACCAGAUAUUUCAUAUGUGUGAAGGAAAUCGCCCACGAGUACCAGUGUCCCUUGGGAACCAAGUUCAACCCGGCCAUCAAUGUGUGCGAUUUGGCGGAGAAUGUUGACUGUUUCUAGUGUUGCGUAGGAUUUCGUACAAUACAUUGUUCUAUAUAUUUUAAGUGAUUCUUUAUCGAGUUCGGGUUUCGGAUACGGAUAACAUUUUCAGUUAAGCAAGUGUAUAAGUUUCACUUAAUAGUUCCGCAUUUCAACAUGA